AUGAGAGGCAUGCAAGAACCGCUACAGAUCAACAUCGAGGCACAGCAGCUGGUUCCAAAAUUGGAGCGAAGCUACCUAAUUCGACUUUCUAAUAUCGCAGUGUCUACGUACGCAGGAGCUUCAAUAAUCAAUGCCAAGACUUUGGUAGCCCUGAGAAGAGCUAAGUCACCGUCUUUUGCACGCGUACAACCCUUCGACUUGGUUCCGGUGAAGCAUCGUGGCCGUUCAUCUCGUUUCCGUCAGCUGAUUUCCAGAAGCAUGUCACACAAUUCCGACGAGCUAAGCCUAGCUCUCUUGACGCAAAAUUCUUCCACAACGACCAACAAACCUUCCCUUCAUCACUGCCAUGAUCCAGGUGCAUGUGUUGGUGCUGACAUGAUGGAUCACAGCUCCGCACUCAUAUUUCAUGUCGCAUUCGGGAUCCAGAAGCGAUACUCGCGUCCAAACAAGGCCUGCACCUUGCCGACUCGAACCGACAGCUGCAGAACUGUCGAGCUUCCGGCCGGAGUUUUGAGACCAUGGAUACAAGCGCUCAUCGGCGAGCAAGGCGAGAAGGGAAAAUCAAGCGAUUGGGCAAGCGCAUCGCACUCGCAUAACCUCUUUCGCCUUACUCUGCAGAUCCAGACCAUAUCUUGGGAUGACAAGCUUCCGCUUGACACUUUGGUCGUACGGAAGAUCAGCAUUCGGCACUCCGAUAUGCACAUACAAGCACAAUACGGCCGACAAUGCAAUAGGUCACAUCAAACCUGGCGAGUCAACACUCGGUACUGGAAUUGCAGAAGUUGGAAUGCCUCCUACGAUGCACCUAACAAGUCAGUAUGCAUCUUGAGGAUUCACCUCGAUCACACAAACGGUCUUCGUAUUGCCAAACAUGAUGUCCUCAUGAUCACACGCUCCGUUUCAGCGCAUGCACGUUUGCUUGAAUUCGAUGAGCUGGAUACGAAGAUCGCCGGCGUGGUGUUCGACAACUUGGGGCAAACAUCGCGUAUCAGAUUAAGGCAAGUGGUACUCAUACUCGACGGGUAUAAGACGUCGCAAAGCCCUGAGUUGUGCUGGUCGGCCAUCGCACUGACGACGUUGCAGAGCUCUGGACAGCCCGAGCACAAUGCGAAGUCUGGACUCGAGGACUCUGCUUUGGCCAGUCGGAAAACCAAGUAUCAGAACUUUGUGGUGCUGCUCUCGAUGCAGCGGCCCAAGAGAUGGACCUGGAAAGCUCCUACCCAUUUUGCAACUCUUGCGAAGAACUCGAUAACUCUGAUAUCAACCACCGCUGAGCAAUAUUGGCAGUCGCCAAUGACAUUUAUGCUCUCCAAGCUUAUAUUGAGCUUCUGUGCUGAUAGAGUCCGUCUUAAUUCAAACCCUCAUCUACCCUACGCUACACUCACCUCCUGCUCCAAUUUCACCUAUCUUAUCUUAGCCCCAUCUUCCAAUGACAUGACCACCUUCACUAACCAAGGUACAUCCACAAAGUCCCAAAGUCUCCCCGACACCAGAGUGUCAGCAGGCACUUGGCGACAAACCAUGCUAUCUUCGGCCGCCCGCCAUAAGUGGUGGCGUGGCGUGGCAUGA